AAAGCUGCAAUAAUCCUUGGAUACCUCAUCAGCCAACACUACAUACAUCUCAGAGCCUCAAACCAUUCGCUUUCAUUCCUGUUAACAAGAGCACAACGCAGAUAUGGCGACUCAUGCCUUCCUCCUAGCUGCAGCGCUCUUGUCUUUGUUAUGCUUUCAUGCCAUUGCCUCUGAUCCAAGCCUUCUCCAAGACUUUUGCGUUGUGGAUAAGAUGUCUACAGUGCGUGUGAAUGGGUUCCCAUGCAAGGACGCAAAGGAUGUUGUUGCUGAAGAUUUCUUCUUCCAGGGCCUUGACAUGGCCGGCAACACAACCAACAAGCAAGGCUCCGCCGUGACACCGGUGAACGUGGCUCAGAUUGCUGGGCUCAACACCUUGGGCAUCUCUCUUGCCCGCAUCGAUUAUGCACCCUUUGGUCUUAACCCUCCUCACACACAUCCGAGGGGCACUGAGAUAUUGACCGUGCUCGAUGGCUCCCUGUACGUCGGCUUUGUCACAUCAAACCCGGACAACAAGCUGAUAGCAAAGGUUUUGAACAAAGGGGAUGUGUUCGUGUUCCCUGAGGGAUUGAUCCAUUUCCAAUUCAACUAUGGAACAAAGAGUGCUGUUGCUCUUGCAGCAUUGAGUAGCCAAAACCCUGGGGUGAUCACUGUGGCCAACGCUGUAUUUGGUUCGAAGCCAUCCAUCUCAGAUGAUGUCCUUGCCAAGGCUUUUCAAGUCGACAAGCAAACUAUUGACCGCAUCCAAGCUCAGUUCUAGAGAACAUAGAAACAUACAUAUCAGUUUGUUAAUUAUAUAUGUACGCAUUUAGGAUUCUUUGAUUCUUUUGUUUCUUUAAUUAUAUAUGUAUGCAUUGCUUGAGCUGUCUUUGAUUUCAGUUGUGUUCUAUUCUUUAAAAUAUAUGUCAGUUGGAUACUUUGUACUUUCUUAUGAAAAGCAAUAUCUUCCAUAUUUAUUUCCUA